ACGAGUGUAAACGUGUAAACCAGUAUGAAUGAAGCUGCUGAAACAAGCCUACAUAUAAAAUUGGUUGGCAUUAACUGUAGAAGAAAGGUUGGCAUUAACUGUAGAAAUUGUUAGAUAAAUCCCGAGACAGUUUGACGGGAUAAAAUGGUUCUAACUUCUCCCAUAUUAUACUGCAGUUCCUGCAAAAUGUAAAUCAGGACAAAAGAGAUGAAAGUUCAGUCAAUGAUGAUUCUUCAUUGUAACAAAAGGCUGAAUAGACCCGGAUGACUCUUUUUUGUUGAACACUAUAAUCAUGAAACCAGGCUGUAAAGUCAGUACACCUAAUAGUAUUAAGAGCAUCCGCAUUAUUAUGUAGAUACGCUACGAACAUUUUAUCGUUUAAUUUAUGAAUGUUGAAGAAAUAACUUUAAUUCGUAUUGGUGUGUAAGUGUAAAUUAUGUUUACCUAAAAAUGAUGUUGUGUUUUACUGUGUUGCAAUUCUGAAAUUGUUAUCAGUGUUAUAUCCAUAUAAGCGCAAUUCGAUAUCUACAUUAUCAUUAUCAUUAUCACAAAAAAUUCUAUGACAAAACGAUAAGAGAAAGAAAAAAUUUGUUAUUGCCCGCGUGUAUGUGGAAUUCAGUUUAUUAAUUUAAUUGUGCGAGGCAUAAGGUGUGCGUCAAAGACAAUAAAUAUAAGACAAAAUUAACACUGAUUCAUAGUUUAUAGUUCUUAGAAGAAGAAAAAGUAGUUUAUACAUCAAUGUGAAGUUCUGAGUUUAUGAUCAAAAAUUAAACCAAAAAGUUCAACCGUUCUUUGACAAUGUUAGUUUUCUUCAAAUCUUUUCUAAUAAAUGUCCUCCCAUAAUUCAUCAAUAAAUUCGGCGUUUAUCUGCUACUACGGUAUCUUAAUGACAUUAAGAUAUUGAACCUGCCACACUAAGCCGUCCAAUAAAUUAAGCAAACAAAACUAAUUUUGCCACCGACUAUAAUCGACUACCAACUUAUCGAUUCAAUUUAUGAUUUGAAGUAGAAAUGGUCUUCUCGGCGAAACCAUAAGUCACCGAAUGCAAAAAGGGGACAUUAUAAAGGAAUAUCUACAGCAACGCUAGUGAAACACCUUAUUAGAUAAAUGGAGAACCAUGAUCGGGAAGUGGUCACCCAUAUCAAAUACGAAAAGACAUCAUGCUAUUUCUGCAACGAAUGGCUGGAUGCCGAAAACUUUCCGAAUCACAUUACUCAGUGUGGCCAAGUGCUCGAACAAUGUCCGAACAGUUGCAACGCCUAUGUACAACGCCGCAGAAUCGAUACCCAUUUAAAAGAAUGUCCUAAAUCACCGACAACAUCACUCGAAUUGUACAAUAUACCGGAAAUGAGUGACGUUAUCACUGAUGAAAGCUAUCGAAAUCGACUAGCAUUGUUGGAGCAAGACAUUCGUUCGCUGAGAUCCACUUUAAACGAAGAAAUUCGCAUACGGCAUCGAUUGAUAUCCGACGUAGGUGGUUUGAGAAAACAUAAUGUUGUAUCCGAUGAAUGGACACAAAAGGUCGGUGAGGUUUUGAACGCGUUGAAGAAAUGCUUGAAUGAAGAGACAGAAAUACGCACUGUGGACAUCGAACAAUUAAAAGUGGACAUUGGUCGUUUGAUGUACCACUAUAAGCAAUUAGAUGAAUGGCGGCAAGAAAUUCGAACGAAAUUCGAAGAAAUCGAAGAAAGUGUGAUUCAGGACGAUAACAUCCGGGGACAUGUUGAAGUUUUAAUAAAAGACAAUCGCAUAACUGCUUCGAAAAUUCAACAAUUGGAGUCGGGCUUUGUCAACUUAAAACUUGGCUUAUCUGAGGACAUGACGUAUCCAAACAUAUCUGGAGAUAUGUCACCGGGAAAACAGUCUUCCAUGCAAUUAGUUUUAAAAAAUCAACAAGAACAAAUCGACUCCUUCUGUCGAGACGUAGCCAAACAGAUAGAAAGCGUAAAACUCGACUUUCAAGCUAAUUUAAAAUCACUAUCGCUUGCCAAUCACCAUCGCACCGCAACAUUAGACUUUGAAGUAAAGUCCAUGAAGCAUAUUGUCACAGAAACCGAGGACAAGUGCGAUAAGUUAGAAAAAAUUGUGGUCGACGUGAAAAAGCUAUCGCAUCAAACCAAACAGUUGCUAAACGAUUUGGAGAUUCACAUGAUGAACCAACGAAUAAUGAUGGAAAUACACAAUACCAGAGGUCAUUUGAUCUGGCGUAUUCAUGACUAUGCUGUGAAGCUGAAAGACGGAAGGGAGAAUAAUGUUACCCUGAAAAGUCCAAUGUUCUGCAACAAACAGUACGGAUACACACUCCGGCUCGACGUCAGUCUAAACGGUAUAGGUACGUGGAAGGGUAGAAAUAUAAUUGCAUGUUUAACAGUAGUGAAUGGAGAAUGGGAUCGCCUUCUUGUGUGGCCGUGUAAGCUUCAAGCUGACAUAAUUUUACGAGAUCAACCAGAUAAUCUAGACGAUGCUAAAGACAUCUCGAAGACGAUUGUGGUGAAGCGAAAGAAUGAACCGCAUGAACAAAACCAGUACAUUUUCAUUCCACAUAAGACCCUAAACACACGAAAUUACAUCCGAGAUGAUGCCAUUUUCUUCGAAGUCCGUGUUCACCGUAAUUCUAGUAAUUAAAAGAAAAUAAUUUUGUCGAUGUUCGUAGAAAUGACAAAUAAAAUGAGCGAUGGUUUUGAUUGUUUC